UGUUGCUGCUGCUUAUUGCUCCAUAACUCUUCCUCUCUUCCUAUAGCACCGCCAGCGUCAAGGAUAAACCACCAUCCCCCUCCCCGGUCGUGACGAACUGUUGUUGUUGUUGAAACAAGGUUGCCGACUUGGCUGGGAGACUGCCCCGGGAAAGAGGGCUCGGCGCUGGGACCUUUAACUACCUGGUUGCGGCGUAACCACGCGCUGGCACAGUCUGGCGCAGUCUGGCUCGCAGCCAAGGAACGCUUUGUUUACUUCGGCAGCAGCACUAAAUAGUAGAUACAUACAUUAACGUUACCACCACCGCUUAUCUAUCGCCCAUAUGCCGCUUCCACCACCACCACAGCUUAUCCACCACCACCACCACAACUCCUCCCACAGUCACCAUCAUUACAACCACUACGCCCUUUUCCCGAACAAACCACCAAGUCCUUACCGCUGCUUUGAUUCCAAUUCGGCCUCUUAUCACCGUCGCGCUGGAACUGGAUUUGGCUUUGCAAGCCCCAACCGAGUGAUGUUGUUGAUGGAAGAGAAGCAAUGGAUUACGGUCCAACAGAAAACGUUCACAAAAUGGCUUAACAACAAGUUAAAAGUUCGGAACUUAGCCAUUGAUGAUUUAGUCAAGGACCUCUCUGAUGGGGUCAUCCUCAUUCACAUACUUGAGAUUCUGGGAAAUGAAUCUCUCGGUCGAUAUGCCUCCAAACCCAAACUGCGGGUCCAGAAAUUCGAGAAUGCAAACAAGAGUCUCGACUACGUCAAGGGGCGGGGUAUACAGAUGACAAACAUUGGCGCUGAGGAUAUAGUAGACGGAAAUAGAAAGAUUAUUCUCGGACUGAUAUGGACCCUUAUUCUACGAUUCACGAUCAGCGAUAUUAGCGAGGAGGGAAUGACGGCGAAAGAAGGAUUGUUAUUGUGGUGCCAAAGAAAAACAGCCUGUUAUCCGGGAGUGGAAGUGAGAGAUUUUUCGGCGAGUUGGAACGAUGGACUAGCCUUUUGUGCCUUGCUUGAUAUCCACAGGCCCGAUCUUAUCGAUUUCGAUUCUCUGGACAAGAGCGACCAUAAGGGCAAUAUGCAGCUGGCUUUUGAUAUUGCGUCGAGCGAUAUUGGUAUACCUGAUUUGCUUGAUGUGGAAGACGUAUGCGACGUCGCGAAACCUGACGAACGAUCGCUCAUGACAUAUAUCGCAUAUUGGUUCCAUGCGUUUUCCCAGCUUGAAAGAGUAGAAAAUGCAGGCCGACGAGUGGAGAAAUUUGUUAUGAAUAUGCAAGGAGCAUGGGAGAUGCAGAACUCAUUCGAACGCAGAAUGAAAGAGCUUCUCCAGGCUAUUAGAGCGCAGCGAGCCGAAUGGCGUGAGUCGUCGUUCGAGGGAACUUAUGCAGAUGCCAAGGAGCAGGCGAGUAAGUUUGGGGCAUAUAAGAGAAACCAGAAGAGGAAGUGGGUUGCAGAGAAAUCUGAUCUUGCGGCUCUACUGGGGAAUAUCAAAACGAAGCUUAGCACAUACCGUCUGCGAGCCUAUGAACCGCCUCCGGAGUUGAGGCUUGAAGUCUUGGACCAGGAAUGGAGUGCCCUAACCCAAAAUGAACGUGAGCGCAGCCAGCUAAUAAAUGAGACCAUCCGUGAUAUUAAGAAUGCCCUGCGGCGUUCGUUCGCUGACAAGGCGAACGACUUUGCAUUGACCCUCAAUACACUAUCGCUUGCUAUUUCUGGCCUCGAGGGGGAUGUCGAGGACCAGCUAUCGCAUGUGCAACGCCUCAACGAUAACCUUCCGCCUCUAGAUGCCUUCCUGGAAACAAUAGCUGAAUUGGAAGAGCGGUGUAUAGAGGCCAAUAUUGAGGAAAAUGAUUUCACCACAUAUACGUAUGACGAACUCGCAUACGAACUCGGAUUGGUUAAAUCGAGUGUCAGCAAAAAGCUAGCCUUCUUGGAAAAUCAGACGGUAGCAAGAAACAUGACCAAUCUCACUCCGAUCCAGCUUGAAGAAUUCGAGUCUGUCUUUAGACAUUUUGACCGAGACUCUUCCAAUACCCUGCAUGAGAUCGAGUUUUCAGCUGCAUUGGCAAGUUUGGGUUUAGUUUACGACGAGGAGGAGAUGCACGAGGUUUUUCUGGAAACCUGUGGCCCAGCAAGAGUUGAGCGGAACGCUGGCGUCAGCUUCGAGCAGUUCAUUCGAUUCAUGGUCAGUGUUACGGAGGACCAGAACACGGCAGAGCAGGUCUUUCAAAGUUUCAAAGAGGUGGCUGAUGGGAAGCCGUAUGUCACCGAACUGGAUCUUCGGCAUUCCCUCAUCCCUGAGGAGCUUAUCGAUAACCUUCUGGAAACCAUGCCCCGACAUGAUGGCCCGGAUCUCUUGGAGGAUCGCAACAUACCGAAGUAUGAUUAUAUUACGUUUAUGGAGAAAAUGAUGAAUAACGGCGAUGGUGACGACGAAAGUGAACUGGGUGACACUGGGAAUAGUCACCUAGUGAAUGGUAUCUGAAAAAAGUCCGUACCUUUUCGUUUCUUUAUACCUAGCUAGAUACCAGAAAGGAGCCGUCGUGUUAUGAUUCAUUGGGGCGUUUGGUUAGUUAUCGGUUUGUUUUAGGAGGUAUAUACCUUUUUUUUCCCCUUCUCCUGUUCAUGAAGUUAUAUACAUACCUAUACACUUUCCUCCUCUUCUGUUUUAUCACCACUUUUUAUCCUCAGACAUUCUUUUUGGUUCUUUACUACUCCUCAGCCCUGCUUUCACAACCCCAGCUGCUGUUUCUCUUAGAAUAGUACAUUCAUUUCGCUGUGCAUGCUUUGUUACUUUAUGUUUUACUGCUGCUCUACCUCGGUAGCCUAGAGAGGGGGAUUACAUGGGGGUUGGCAUAGGGGAUAUAUCCAUACACAUACAUAUAAUACCAGGAGUUUGUUGAUUGAAAAUAUUUUUAUUUCAUGUUUCUGAUUCGAUUUGCCUCCCUCCCGUUUCUUUUCUUUGUUUAUUUUCGUUAAAAGGAGGGGAAUGUUCCGGCCGGCGAAGCGCCUGCGUGGGGAAAGAGAAUUCACAACGGUAUAGUGCGAUCUGUUGCCAGCGAGGUUUCUUCCACUUACCCGACCCGACCUCUUUUUUCAGUAUUCUUUUCUGGAGAUCCAAUCGCCCUGAACUUCGUAUUUCAAAUAUCUGAGGGGCAGCUAUACACAGUAUACGCAGUACACCCAGCCAUUUUAAGUCUACCAUGGGUGGGUGAGAGCUCACAAGUUGGUUUUGAAGAGGGAUUUCUGUGGGGAGGAGUCAAAGCUGCUUUUUACGUUUCCUCCCACCCAUACAUGUAUAAAACUCAUCCCAGGUAACUCUUUAUCCCCUUCGUCGAAGUAAUCCGAUGAGGCAAUAUAGCUAGCUACUUUCCCGUUUCUUUCUCCUCUCUUUCUCUGAUUCUGAUUCUUUUUUUUAAUAUUUUGUAUUUUCUCUGUAACUACGGAGUACUUAACUGUACAUAUCAACAGCCGAACAGCAGUCACAUUUGCCCGCAGGCCAGGCGGGGGCCAACUGAAACGAACUCCCUUUUUGCCAUUUGGGGCGCUGAGGUUGCUGAAACAGGAUAGUUAAAUAAUAAAAGAACUACAAGGCGGGGGAAAAGAUAUUAUUGAGGAACUGGCAAACGUCUUUUUUUUUUUUUUUUUCACUACCGCCGCGCUGGAGAAGUUGGGACCACCAGCCAGUUCUAAGUUCUAAGGGAGGGUUCUUUUCUUUCUGGUUUUGUUUUGUUUUUCGUUUUUCGUCUCUAGCUCUAGUUAGACUCUGCUGUAACUACGUACUUGAUAUCAAGAUGAAGUUUUUUUUUUUUUUUUUUCUGAUU